AAUCACCAAAAACAAUUAAUUAAACACAUCUCACUGUUGCCAUGGCAAAAAUUUCACUUGUUGCAGCUCUUCUUUUGUGCUUGUUAGCCGUUGCAACUGCUAACACCUUCACAGUCACCGUGACGGAGGAUGAUAUGGAAAAUCAGGGGUCACAAAGGUGUCAAGAGCAGAUCCAGAGGCAGAGGUUGAACCACUGCAGGAUGUACCUUUCAAGAAGCUGCCAAUAUGAAUUGAGCAUUGUGACAGAUGACGAUGAGAGCAACCAAGCACAGGAGCAUCUCCAGCAAUGUUGCCAGGAAUUGAGGAACAUGGACACUCAAUGCCGCUGUCAGGCACUUAGGAGGAUGGUGUCACAAGAGCAAGGCACCCAAGGCCAUGAGGCAGAGCGCAUGCUAGGGAGAGCUCGUUACCUUCCCCGUAUGUGCAACAUUCAGCCUACUCAGUGCCGCUUCUAAUUAAUAUAGAAGCUGAGUAUAAAAAUAGAGUUUAGUAGUAUAAUAAACACACCAUCGUGUGUAUGUAAGCCAGAGUUAAUUUGCUUUGUAUUUGGUUAAUUUUAUCUUAUGGAAAGUUUCAAGUAUUAUGUAAAGGCGGAUAUGAAAUGAAGGAGACUCGUUUUGUAUGAAAUAAAUUUCUCUUUCUUUUUCUUAA